UACGUUGUUCGGGCUUUGUAGGUUAAAUUGUCGUCAAUCUUGUUCUCUAACGAACGAAAAGGAUUUUAAAAAUUAAGAAGCAGAUUCUACGCGAUUAUAGCUUCAUCGCAUUGGUAGUCGCAGUGUACCAAUGUACUUUUGCAGUGGAAACCAAACUUCCUAGGAACAGCUCGGCAGCGUGCGGUCACUGUAGAAAGACACCAACGGGCUAAAACUACGACGACGACGCGACCCGCGAUGUCGCAAUUAGUCACGACGCCUCCUACUCCUAGCGAUCCAUUUACACCCGACUAUUCCGAAUAUGAAGAAAAUUUAGAGAUUAAAGAUGGCAUACCAACACCAGACACGUCAAUGGAACUGGAUAUUUUAGAAUCAGUUCGCUGUUUCUUUCUCAUGAAAGACGAAAGUAGGCGCAGAACCGUGUUCGAGCUCAGCAAGAAGAACGGACCACUACUGUGGUCGACCAUCGAGCCGCACAGCGAAGGCAAUUUCUGUGGCUGCUGUGUUGACAGUUGCAGUUGUCAACACAGCCAGACGCGCCUGCUCUUCGACUACUUCGGACCUGUGUUGCAAAUGGUGGAAGUGCAGGACGGGUGCUGCAGCAGAAGAAUGCUGGAGGUGACCUCUCUUCCCAACACAUACCUGGGUAGCGUGAUGAAUACGAGCGCAUGGUGGAGAUUUGGGUUGACCGUGACGGAUCAUGAAGACAACCCCAUAUACUACAUCGGACAGGAUCGUAGCCGCGGCUGUUGUAGUUUAAAUGAUUACAGGAUAGUUUGCUGGCAGCGCAGAAAAACUAUUGGGUUCAUUUAUCGCAGAAGGGACUUUGGGUACAGAAUUGGCUUCAACUUCCACAUGCCAAUCGACCUUCUCGUCACUGAUAAAGCCUUGCUCGUUGCUGCAGUAUUCUUUCUGGAUGCUGUCACAGGGGAGGACAAAGCCUGUCUAGGAUGCUGCUUCUUCUAAGCAACAAUUAAGUGAUCCAUUGAACCCAUUUUAUUUCUUUCCAGUUUAGCAUUCAUCCUAGAGUAGUAUUGUUGUAUGAUUUAAUCAACCGUGAUAAUGUAAAGUUCGCUAAAAUAAAAUGCUGAAUGAUCAUCUGUUGAAGGAGUUGAUCACUCCAUAUCUCUUUCGAAAAAUAUUAGAAAUGUUUGCCACCUCUAUCACCCAGAGACAUCUCAUUUUCAAGCAUCAUUCCCACGUACUACUUUUCGAAAUUACUCUAAUCAAAGAAUUUUCGUUCGACAACUGUCAAUUAUAUGGAGAGAAGUUAUAAAUGUAUUUGUCACAGAUACUUGUCGUCACAACACAGGACUUCACUUCAGUCCGUAAACUUACAAUCAACUAAUGGAACUGUGUAGACUGAUAAUUAUAAUCUAUUAUUGCAUUCGAUAUUCAGUGAAUUUCGAGUUAAGACUCGAAUGAGAAUAUGACGAGUAGAUCAAUGAAGAGGGAAAUCCCCAGGAGUACAUUAGCUCACUUAUAUGCAGAAUAUACAUAAUCAAUAACUUCCAGGUAUAUAUAUGCUCACAAAAUAUCGAUACGCGUCACAUACCCAGUAGAUAGCACUUCCUGAGAGGGAGAAUGAUCAAAGGCUAGUAAGAAAUAGUAUAUUUGUAAAUAGAAUCUUCCAAAUUUUCUAGAACUCAAUUAUAAACAAGGCCUAGUAAUAAUUAAAAAAAUUACAAGGCAGAAGCCAUACAUAAGAAAAUUCCCUGCACUCGAACAUCUUGGAAGGUUGCUAGGAGUGAAGAAUAACGCUUCAGAGAUGCUCGCCUGUGCUACCCGGUCACUAGAACCCACUGACGAAACUUCGCUUGAAAUCUGCGUCAUCCUCGCACAAAAAAACUGUGAUGUUUUCCAUUCCGAAUUUACUGGAGUCUCGAAAAGACUACCUUGAAGAAUACCUCAGCAGAAUUUCACUGACCUGGCAGUAAAAUUUAAGAGCCCAACCAAUGCUACAGUCCGGCAGUCGAUUUAGGUGUAUGACUUGAAAGCGCAGGGUUUUGAAGGGCAUAUUACUAGUAUCCCAGUAGACACCUAAACAAAUCGAUAGUUAACACGCACCAAGGCGUCCAUACAUGGAAGUGAAUGUUAAAAAAAUACUAAAAUCUC